AUGACCAAUGGAGAUCAUAGAACUGCUGUAACGUGCUUCAAGACUGGUGACUAUAUCAAAGCACUUUCCAUAUUUAACCAGUUGAUAUACAAACUGAAACAAGCACAUUUUCUGGAUUUACCACCACUUUCAACAUUACUUGAUCAACGGGCAGCAGUUUACGAAAAAUUGGGCCAGCAUGACCUUGCUUUGAGAGAUGCAAGGCUGAUUAUAGAGAAAGAGCCGGCUAAUUGCAAAGGGUAUCUUCGAGCUGGUAAAUUGCUCACCUUGCAAAAUAAGAAAUUUGAAGCAUACAAAUUGUACCAAGAGGGGCUCUAUGUGAUUGAUAAAUUGAGUAAAGAGGCAAGAGUCGAAGUAAAUGAAAAAUUGUUUGCUAGUUUAAAACAGCAGUAUAGGUUUUUAAAUCUGGAGUUGAAGCAGCAGUCAAAAAAACUGAAUGUUUUGAAGUCAUCGAGCUCGAGGACAUUAUCGCAAUCAUCAUCAAACUCGAGAACAUUAUCGCAAUCGUCGUCAAGCUUUACCUCAGCAUCAACUUUGUUAUCACGCUCAACAUCUAGUUUGUCAUCACGUUCAACAUCAAGAUCAAGUUCAGUUAUUUCAAAGAGAUCUCAGGAUUCACCAUCACCAGCAAAUGUAAAACGACUCAGAAUCUGCUUAGAUCCUAUACGUAUCCUUCCGUCUGAAGUAGUGGCUCAAAUAUUCACCCACGUCAGUGAUGCACAACUCUUGCGAUGCUUACUAGUAAGCAAGUCAUGGUACAAAGCUCUCACAUCCUUUCCAUGGUUGUUUACAUUUAAUUGCAAAAUGCUAAUAACUUUAGAGGAGUUUCGAUUAGGGGUCAGGUUUAUGAAACAAAGUGCAUCGCACUCAACUUCAAAGCAAAUUAAACACGUCAAGAUCAACCAUGUUGCUAAACAGAAACUCGCACAUGUGUUGAGCACAUUGGUCACAGAGCCACACUUUCCAAUAUACUCAUUGGAUAUUGCCGACUCGUCAUUAAAUCUCCAGUUGCUUUAUGCAAUUUUGUCAAAACAUAGCUGGCGACUCAACAAUUUCCAGCAACUAAAGAAAGUCCGGUUGGGUAUCAAUUGUAGUAUGAAAUAUCCGCACGUCUUGCUCAAGCUCUUUGCGAAGUUGGAAGAACUUGAGAUUACAAUUUUAAAACCUGAAAACAGUUCAAUGAAUCUUGUACCCAUUACAGAUAAAAGAUUCAAGAUUUUAAAAGAAACUCCAGUGCAAACGCAAUACACGUUAAAGAAGUUGUGUUUAAUUAAUCAUUCAAAGUUGUUACGAAACGAAGGUGUUGCCAUCACAGCACAGACAUAUAGUCCAUUCCCAGUUUUACUAGAUCACAGUUUCCCGAAUUUGGAAGAAUUAACAUUGGUUUCAUUCCAAUUUGCUAAUCAUUUGCCUCAAUUUGGAUACUUUGUAUCGCAAUUAAACUGUUUAAAAUCCAUGUAUCUUGAAAACAACGAUGGUCUUGACUUAUUAACACUAUUGCAAAUGUUUUUAAACUAUAAACCCUCAUUCAAGCUCAAACACUUUACAUUUCGUGAGAGCCGCAUCUCAUCUUCCAUUUCACUUCAGCAAAUUUCAGAAACGUACCUUACCCAAUUCAAGCAUUUGGAGACAUUGGACUUGUACGGUAAUUGCCUAUCUACUAAAGGGUUGUACAAGUUGCUCAAAGUUUGUGGCAAGACUCUUGCCUCGCUCAACUUGGGCAAUGCCAACUAUUACUCGUUUGAAAUGCAUUCUCAAAGGAAACUUGAGCUUGGGAAAAUUACCCAAUAUUGCCCUUUGCUUACGACACUUUGUCUAAGCGAUAUGAAUAUUGAUGCAAUGGCGAUGCUUCAUUUGACCAAAUCUAUUUCACAGUCCAAUCUUUGUUUACGAAACUUGGAUCUCAGUUUCAAUGCUUUUGAUGGGAUGGAUUUGUUGCGGUUCUUGGGUGUGUUGGAAAAAAGACUUCUUGAACCAUUGGAGACGUUGGUGGUGCAUGGAAUGCUGAUUCAGAAGGACACUUUAGAGUAUGUGAAAAGAAAAUUGUUUGCCAAGCACUGUUUAUGCGAUCCCCAAAGAUUACGGUGGUCGAUGUAUGGAGUAAAUAGCUGGGUUCAAUAA